AUGUAUUGCUGGGAGAUUCUGGCAGCACUUAUUUUAAGCGUAUGGUCUCACCACCUCCUGGGCAACACGCUGGAUGUUCCGCCUACUGUAACUGAGGGAGCCCAGCCUCGCAAACUCUUCCUAGGACUCAUUCUCGGCGCUGCCAAAGCCAUUUUCAACCCCAUCGUUAAUGCCGUAGGAUCUAUAAUAGGUGGAGGUAGUCCCGCUCCACCACCACCGCCACCUCCCCCUCCCCCACCUCCACAAGAAGAGGAUACAAACAAAGACUCCUCCAGACGCUCGCGACGCAGGCGUUCGGGUUCGUACGACGAUUCGGAUGACUCAGGUUCCGAAAGCGAUGACGAGGAUUAUAGACGAAGCCGCAGGCGGCGCAGGUCCAGACGUUCCCGCAAGUCAUCUGAUAAGGAUGACGACUCUAGCAAAGAAAAGGACGCAACUGACGAUAAAACUGGGGAUGCCAAACCUGAUGAGAGUAAGGAUGAAAGCAAAGAUUCAAAGCCCGAAGAAAAUAAGGAUGAAAGCAAAGAUUCAAAUCCAGAUGAGAGUAAGGAUGCCAAGCCCGAAGAAAAUAAGGAUGAAAGCAACGAUUCAAAGCCAGAAGAAAAUAAGGAUGCCAAACCUGAUGAGAGUAAGGAUGUGAAACUAGAUGAGAGUAAGGAUGAAAGCAAAGAUUCAAAGCCAGAAGAAAAUAAGGAUGAAAACAAAGAUUCGAAACCAGAUGAGAGUAAGGAUGCCAAACCCGAAGAAAAUAAAAAUGAAAGCAACGAUUCAAAGCCAGAUGAGAGUAAGGAUGAAAACAAAGAUUCAAAGCCCGAAGAAAAUAAGGAUGAAGGCAAAGAUUCAAAGCCUGACGACAGUAAAGACAGCAACAAUACAAGCGAAUCUUCUGAAGUGAAAGAUGGUCAGAAACCCGAAUAA